CAGUUGCUUAUUCAGUUUCUACGGCAGAGGUUAAAAGGUCAAGGCUUAAGUUAUCCUGUUAUGCAGCACAGACAUGCUGAUAUGAAUAGUAGUGUAGCUCUAGGGUUUUGGUUUGGUUUUGACUGACUAAAAAACGCAAUUGAAGCUGAGUGAAAGCUUCCGCUGUUUUUUAUGUUUUGUUCUGGGGAAUAAGAAUGGUCUGGUUGCUGCUGUACAUAAUUGAUGAAUAACUUCUAGGUGUUUGCUUGAAAUCUUUAUAGUUUAGUGUUAACCUUGCUUUGCUGAGGAACAUAAAAAAUGUCUCAUAUCAAGUUGGGCCACAUGUCCCUCUAGCUCACUAUUAUCUGCUACACGGCCUGAAAGUAGCUCUUUAGUAUUUCAGAUAGGAGUUUUACCUGGAGAUGGCAGGGAUUGAGGCUGGUAAUUGCUGCAUGCUCUCUGCCAUUGAACUAUGGCUUGUCUAGUUGAAUAAAAACCGAGUAAAGUUACUGAAUCUUGGACAAUCUUUGUCCUUAUCAGACUUCAGAUAAGUGGCCUUUCUAGUGAGCAAUGAAAACACUUGUAAUAUACAAGUACUGUGUGAGAGACAUGCUCGAUCAAAAGGAGGUUUGAAUACCUUCUAGAAGUCUUAUAUAAUGGAGGCAUGCUGAAUGCAUGUUCAUGAGAGCAGAAUUGGGAAAGUAAGAGUACUACGUGCAAUGCCUAUGGAAUAUGAAGUGGGUUGCAACAGUUAAAGUGGCUCAACAACAUUUUUGCACCCAUGAGCAUGUUUGGAAACUUGGAAGUGUUUUGUGGGUGAGCACACCCACACACACCCUGCUCUUCACUGCAAUUCCUACUCCACAUCUCACAACCAGGAGUGUUAUUCUUGCCCCACUGAAUUGGAGACAAUCCCCAUCUCUUUGCUUAGCCCAACCUACUAGAUACUGAUGCAAGCAAGAAAGAAAGAGGCAUGGGCCAAUUUGCAGGAUGAUUUCUUGGGCAACACAGCAAUGUUCAGGUGUUUCAUAAGGCAAUACUGGACCAGGACAAUGUGGGGCAACUUUGCUCGUUCCAGAUAAUUCAUUCCUCCCAUCAGGAUUUGCGCCAGAAAGAUUAAGAAAAAGUGUAGGUGCAUGUUGCAAGCAAGCACAAUUUGUGGUGCUGCAAAACAUCAUGACAUGCUUGUUAAGCCAUAGUCUUUGGCAUCUAGUUUCUUGGCUUUGUAGCGUUUGAGCCAUCACGAGGGAACCUUAACUCCAUUUUAAACUUACAGGGUUUUUCCAUUAAAUAAUAGUUCAUUAAAGAGAGCAUUUCAAUCCAUAUAAGACUGUUCUCCAUAUAGGUGGGGACAGGAAGCAUGGGAAGAACUAGCAGUAGCUGGUUUAAUAGAUUACUGAAUAUUGUUGUUGAUAUCCAUCUGUCUUGAGACAAUGGACUGCGCCUCCUGGGCUGAAGUCAAACUGCUGAAGAAUCUCACUUCCUGUUACUUUUGCUAUGUUAGCAGCACUGAAGUGACCUCUGUGGGAUGCACUUUUGGGCAGUGUGUAUGGAGGGUCUGGGCUGCGCAGACAACAAGCCCCCUCCCUCGGCCUCACUAAUGUGGUCCAAAGGAAAGCAGAGGAGCACAUUUGGCACCAGCUGGGCUGCAGGAGUUACCGGAAGUAGAUUGAAUAGUAUACUUGUCUAUUUAUUUACAUAUUUAGGCUGUGUUUAUAGGACAAGGUCCUUGCUAGGCAACAUACAAACACGCAACAAUGUAAUCAGACCAGUAUAAAAAUGACCAGAACUGAAUAAUUGGCCAACUAAGCAAUGCUCUAAUAAUCAGCAACAACUUUAAUAAGCUUCUCUUCAUUAUACACCAACUGGAAUAGUAAUGUAUGAGAUACUUUUUUUGCAUAAUACAUGUGUGUUAUGGGAUUUGGGAGGCAAGAGUCAGAGACUUGUCUGCUUAGAUCGCAGGAGUCAGCAAACUUUUUCAGCAGGGGGCUGGUCCACUGUCCCUCAGACCUUGUUGGGGGGGGCGGAGUAUAUUUUGGAAAAAAAUUAAUGGAUUCCUAUGCCCCACAAAUAACCCAGAGAUGCAUUUUAAAUAAAAGGACAUAUUCUACUCGUGUAAAAACACGCUGAUUCCUGGACCGUCUGUGGGCCAGAUUGAGAAGGCGAUUGGGCUAGAUCUGGCCCAUGGGCCUUAGUUUGCCUACCCAUGGACUCUAGAGUUUUUUAAAGAUUUGCCCUCCACAUAGUCCAAAACAUUUGGAGAGCAGCAGGUUUGAGGAUCAUGCUCUAUUGCAACAUACACACACGCACUGGGGUUCUGGCUGGGGUUGAUUGGAGUUCUAGUCUAAAGCAUUUGGAGGGUACCAGGCUGUCAAAGGCCGCUUUAAUCAGGGUGUGUUGAGUGUGAACAAGAUUCUGCCUGAUAACAGCUAUCUAAGGUAACCUCCAAAAUGAAAAUUAACACACAAGGUUUUUUUUAAUUAAAAAAGUAGCACUUUUUCCCUUAAAAGAGCAAUAUAUUUCAGCCAUCUUUUCUCUUUUUUUAAAGCAGGCAUCCCCAAACUUUGGCCCUCCAGAUGUUUUGGACUACAAUUCCCAUCAUCCCUGACCACUGGUCCUCUUAGCUAGGGAUCAUGGGAGGUGUAGGCCAAAACAUCUGGAGGGCCGCAGUUUGGGGAUGCCUGUUUUAAAGUGUUCCCAUUUUAUUAUUUAUUAAAUUUCAAUACUGCCCUCCACCUGAAGCUCACAGGGCGCUUCACAUUAUUAAAGCAAAACAAUGCAGCACCAGAAUAACAAAUCAAAACAACAACAGUUUAAAAGGCCAUAGAUUGUUUAACAAGAUAAAGGCCCAUGGGUACAUGGAAGAGAACAAGCCCCCCCUGGGCGUAGAGCACUUCAUUUGGAGUAGCUGGAUAGGCUGCUGUUCCCGCCUCCUCCUGGCAUUGUUGGAAGAUGAUGCCGUUAACUGUCCACUCUAGGCUGCAGAUGUUACUGUUGGCUGUUCCAACUGCUGGUCUUCUGAGGUUCCGCAAUGGCGACAGGGGAAACUAGCCCCUCUGCUAUUGUGCCCAACUUGGCAACCCAUUUCAGAUAGCAGCCAAAUGUGUCGUCUUCUUCGGCAGCUGGGUAAAUAAUCUGUGUCUCCUGACUCUUCCCAGCAGCAGCAGCGGUGACUGAAGCAGUGUUGGGAGACCGUGAUAUCUGCCUGCUUCCCGGGCCUUGCCAGGGAUUGAUGCAGUAGUAGCAUAGGAAAUGGGAUGGAGGGAUGUUAUGGUAGACCCUCCUAUCUUUAAAGGACUCUUGGGCAGGAAUCUCUUAAUAAAUGCUUAAAGGCCCUUCUCUGUAUAUGGCUCCCCCUGCCCCAAUGUCCUCUGAUAAUCAGAGGCUCUGCUCCAAAUCCCUUGCCCUGACAAGGCUGUUGUCAGCCAGGAUGAGGAUGAUAUCCGCCAUGGCAGACACUUUGUGGAAUGAAUUGUUGUAAACUGCCCUGUGAAUGGACAUUUGACAUUAAAUAAAGAAUGAUAAAUAAUGACAAAUUGUUGAGUCAAGUGCCUCAGAGCCCUUUUGUUGUAUUGCUACAGGUAGUUGGUAAAGACCUGACUACUGUAUAGGGAAGUUUUUAAUACUUGAUGUUUUACUGUGCUUCAUGUUUUAAUUUGUUGGAAGCCGCCCAGAGUGGCAACCCGGUCAGAUGGGUGGCAUAUAGAUAAUAAAUGUUCAUUCAUUGAAAUAAUAUAUCAUUUGCUGACAUAGCCAAGUAUGUCGAUGGCCACCCUGCAGUUCUGAACGCUGUGAUAUUUGUUGUAGUUUUCAUGCUUAUAUUUUGAUUUUAUGAUGGGGUUUAAUUGCGGGGUAGUUACUUUUUGUUUUAUCCUUUAUCUCAUUUGUUAGUCACCCUGGGUACUUCUGGAAAAUUAGGCAGGGUAGAUUUUGUUUUUAAAUUUUAGUAAUAUAGGUAACUCUCAAGUUAUGCACAUUUAACUGUGCAUUCAGCUUUACAAGCUAGGAUUUUUAAAAAUAAAAUGAAAAGGGAGCAGAGUGAGGGGGUAGACAUUGAGGGGGGGAAGAGACUUUGGCAAUCCCACCUGCCCUGGUAUCCAAUGUGUUUUGACUAUACACAAUUUUGAUUUUAUAUGCUAUCCCCAGAAUAAGUUGAGAGUCGUCUGAAUAUAGCCCAUUGUCUCUAUACAUCUACUAGUUCUAAAACCUGUUUUGUUCAGUUCAAAUAAAAAAAAAGAAAGCUCUGAUUAUAUGGAUGUUCCUGAACUCAAAAGAUAGAGUCCUUUUGAUCUAGGACUAUUCUGAAAACAAAGCAAACUUCUAAUUUCUCUUCAUAGCUGAUCUAAAUCUAGAAUGGCUAGAUUCACACUUGCAAAAUGCACCAGCCAGAACCAGAACUUAAUUAGAUUUAGACCCUCUAUGCAAGUAAGUAAGUAAAACUUUAAUACGGUCAAAGACCAGCAAAAGAAUAAUACAACUCAAUUCAUAAGUUAUCUUCCUAUAACUUAUAAUAUUAUUGAAAACUACACAAUUUUAAAAUUUUAUAACCUGUAACAUAUAACAUGGCUGCUUUAAAAACAGAACCUCUAUCGCCUCUCCAUCUUCUAUGGGUUAACUAGGGUCUUUAUCUUUGGGGGUUGCUUUCAUCAUGGCUUGUCUUGUUCUCGCCACCAUAUAGCAAUAUUUAGCUACAGCACUAGUGAUCUCUGUAUCUGAGUCAGCUAGCAGAUAUUUAAUGUAAGCUUCUCCUGCUUGGCCGGGUUGAUUGGCUAGGAGCGGUUCAAUUAGCUCUUUUCUCAUCUCUCGGUAUAAUGGGCAGUGGAGCAAAACGUGCCCAAUUGUUUCAACCUCUUUGUUGUUACGUGGGCAUAGUCUUUGAUCAAAGGGAGUCUUGCUGUACCUGCCAGCUAAUAACGCUGGACCCUCUAUGCAAGAAAAAUCAGGAACAAAUGAGUUCCAUAAAAUCACUAUGUUGUGGUGGUGAUUUGGAGGUUUAAUUUGAAAUAAAAUUAGAUUUAAGCUUGUUUAGGGAAGCUUUUAAUGUUUAAGAAAUUAGUGUAUUCUAAUAUUUCUGUUGGAAGCCGCCCAGAGUGGCUGGGGAAACCCAGCCAGAUGGGCGUGGUAUAAAUAAUAAAUUAUUAUUGUUGUUGUUGGUGGUGUCUGGUAUUUUCUCUCACACACAUCAUGGAUAUUUCCUUAUAUUACGGAUGAAUGUUCUGUUUUUAUCAAUACUAUUGUUACAAAUUUGUUGAAUUUGUUAUGGCCUUUGCUUAGAAAAAUAAACUUAUAAACUAGAACUAGAACUUUGAUUUCAAUAAUUCUGAGCUCAGGAAUUUGUUUUCAGUAGGCACAAGUGAACGGAAACAACAGUCCAUCUACAUACAACCCCCUUUCCUGUUUUCUCCAAGCUUUCUUCAUUUCAGUAAUGUAAUUUAGAGCAGGGAGGGAGUUAUUUUAUUGCUGUUGCUGAACAGUCCUUGACAAUCAACUGCAAAUCAUCCAUAGAUCUACCAACAAAUCCAGAUCUAUUGCCCCCAGUCGAUAUCAAUAGAUAUCAAAGUAUGGGACAGUUUUUUGUCUAGCAGCACUUACUUUGUAAAUCUGCUUUUGUGUGUUGGGGGGGGAUAGAGAGUGAGCUUAGAGGUGCAUUGGUAUUUGGUUAGCUACAAGAAAUGGAACUGUUCUUGGGUCAGAUUCAAGACUUCAGUGAGAAACAGACGUUGUCAGCUCACUUCAUCGCUGUGUAAACUUUAGCAUAGUUCGUAGUAUAAUGACCUCUCUUGAUAAAUGGGUGAAAAGGGCUUCCUGUACUCUUGGGUGUGAGCAACUCUUGAAUACACUUAGAAGUCGGCAAACCACACAUCCAAGGGCAAAAGUCAGUAGCUGUAGUAUGUUAUGCAAUUUGUGAAAGUGCAGAGUCUCCUUCCAUAUCUCUUGAAAAUGCCAGAAAAGUCCUUGCCAAUGUUUGAUAGAGUUGUCUUGGAGCUGGGAACUCUUUAAACUAAUUUUCUCGCUAAGCUUUCCGAUAGUGAUGUGCCCAGAAUGACAACUGCCCGUCUCUUGGGCAGGGGCUGUGGAAGUGGGGAACAAAACCAUACAAGGAAACGCUUCACCACUUUGGCUGCACUGAUCCAACAGGAUGAUUUGGAUACUUCAGUUCUUGUUUUCACCACUCCCGACUCCUGCUUUGAUUGGUCUUGUUACUUUCGGAACAACAGUCUUCCUAUGGCUGAUAACCAAACCAAAACCAAUUGCGGCUCCUGUGGACUUGAAGAAGCAGUCGGUUGGCACUGAGGGAGGUGCUAGAAGAAGUGCUCUUGUGCCUGAAGGCAAGCUUCUUUCUUACUACCAUGAGGAUGCACAGACCUUAUAUGAAAGUUUCAGAAGAGGACGCUAUGUCUCAGAAAAUGGUCCUUGCUUAGGAUACAGAAAACCAAAGCAACCUUAUCAGUGGCUGUCUUACCAACAGGUGCUGGACAGAGCUGAAUACCUGGGAUCAGGUCUUCUACACAAAGGAUGUAAACCCUCAGCGGAUCAAUUCAUUGGCAUCUUUGCGCAGAAUAGACCAGAGUGGGUGAUCUCUGAGCUUGCCUGCUACACUUACUCAAUGGUUGCAGUUCCCCUUUAUGACACUCUGGGACCUGAUGCUAUUGUGUAUGUUAUUAACAAAGCUGACAUUGCUACAGUGAUAUGUGACAAACCCGAGAAGGCACAAGUGGUACUUGAGAAUUGUGAACAAAAGAAGACACCAGGACUGAAGAUGAUAAUUCUGAUGGAUCCUUUUGAUGGCACAUUAAAGGAAAAAGCAGCUUCCCUGGGAGUUGAAAUUCUUUCAUUACAAGAAAUUGAGAUGCUAGGAAAACACAACUUCAGCAGACCAGUUCUUCCCAAACCAGGGGAUCUUGCCUUGGUCUGUUUCACCAGUGGAACAACAGGUAACCCUAAAGGAGCCAUGCUAACACAUGGAAGUAUUGUUGCCAAUGCUGCUGCUUUCAUGAAGACUAUAGAAAUGACAAGUCCUUGUGUGCCAUCGGAUGUAUCGCUGUCAUACCUUCCUCUGGCGCACAUGUUUGAGAGAGUAGUGCAGACCAUAAUGUACAGCAAUGGAGCAAAAGUGGGGUUCUUCCAAGGAGAUAUUAGAUUUCUAACUGACGACAUGAAAACUUUGAAGCCAACUAUCUUCCCAGUGGUGCCAAGACUGCUCAACAGGAUCUAUGACAAGAUUCAAAGUGGUGCCCAAACAAACUUCAAGCAGUUAUUGCUCAGAGUUGCUGUAGCCAGGAAGCAUGCUGAAGUGAAGCAAGGCAUUAUCCGAAACACCAGCAUCUGGGACAAGCUAGUGUUCAAUAAAGUCCAGGAAAUCUUGGGUGGGAAGGUGCGAAUAGUAGUCACUGGAGCUGCCCCCAUAUCUUCACCUGUCCUAACGUUCCUCAGAGUAGCCUUUGGGUGUCAGAUCUUCGAAGCAUAUGGCCAAACAGAAUGCACAGCGGGUUGUACGUUUUCAUUACCGGGAGAUUGGACAACUGGUCACGUCGGACCCCCCCUAGCUUGCAACGUUGUAAAACUUGACGAUGUUGCUGAAAUGAACUACUUUGCAGCUAACGGUGAAGGAGAGAUUUGCAUUAAGGGGCCAAAUGUAUUCAAGGGUUACUUGAAGGAUCCUGAGAAAACUAGUGAAGCUAUUGACCGGGAUGGGUGGCUUCAUACUGGAGACAUUGGGAAAUGGAUGCCGAGUGGUGCAUUGAAGAUAAUUGACAGAAAAAAGAACAUCUUCAAGCUAGCUCAAGGAGAAUAUAUUGCACCUGAAAAGAUUGAAAACAUCUACACCAGAAGUGCUCCUGUAGCACAGGUGUUUGUGCAUGGAGAUAGCCUACAGUCGUUCUUGGUGAGUGUGGUGGUUCCAGAUCCAGAGACCCUUCCAGAGUUUGCGGCAAAGUUGGGAGUUAAAGGUUCGUUCGAGGAACUCUGCAAAAAUACAGCAGUGAAAAAAGCUAUCCUGACAGACAUAAUCAGGUUGGGGAAAGAAGCUGGCCUCAAGUCAUUUGAACAAGUGAAAGAUCUCUACCUCCAUCCAGAGAUGCUCACAGUUGAAAAUGGACUGUUGACCCCAACACUGAAGGCAAAGAGAGCAGAAGUAUCCAAAUUCUUCAGAAGUCAAAUUGAUGCCAUCUAUGCUGCUAAUAUGUAGUAAGGGGGCGGGGAGCCUCAGCUAAUUGUAUUUACAGUGAACUGUGA